CACCCACACACGCACACAUAUAGCGCAUAAAUAAUCAUUUCCGAACAGACGAGCCUUCUGAACUUGCAUAAGGCAGAUCCUGGUCAGGAAAAACCCAAAAGGACAACACCCAGUGUAACAGAUUGUAAAUUUAGCUUGCUCGUUUUCUGUACACAGAGUGAAGAGUGAAGGUUCAGUUCCUAUGGGAUCCAAACAAGGUUUGUCCGAAACAUAUGGAUCAACGCAAUCUCUCAGUUUUAAUUUGUCACACCAGAUAUUUAUUUGUCUUGAAUAUCGUUCGCAGUUUUUUAUUGUUUUCUAAAUUCAUCAAGCUUUCACACUGGAUAGAGGAAAAAUAAAUAUUUAUAUAUAUAUUUACCGGACGCUGGCACCGCCAGCUGAAUUGUGGAGGUUAAGUAAAAGCUAUUACUUUUCAUAAUGAACGCGAGGCUUUAUUGCUUGAAGUGACCUGGAAACGCCCCCACAGAAAGCUGAAUCCGCUGUAGCACUUUGGGAGCCACAGCGCGGGGCUUGCCUUGCCUGCCUCCGUACCGCUGCCUUUCCCUACCCGCGGAACUAUUUUCUAUGUGCGCGUGUGUCGGCGAGCAGGAGACACAACUUGUAGCCUUCUCCCCGUUUCCUCCGCACACCAUGCGGAUUCGCCUUCAGCGUGCGUUGGAGUAAGUGAGAGGGAGGGGGGGGACACUUCUUUCCCCCGUUGUCGCCGUCGUCUGUUCUCGACCCCCCUGCGCGCGCUCCUCUCCAACCCUCCCAACCAACCAGCCUGUCCGCUUGGCUUCCUCCUCGUCCUCCCUCCGCUCUGUAGACCGCAAACCUCCCGGGCUCCGGAACGCGAUGAGGGUCAGGACGAAUGCGUGAGAGUCACAUCCCACAGGUGUGUUGCCGCCUCUGCGAACCGUGCCUCUAGGCUCUGGUCCGAGGCGCGCGCGCGCAUACCUGGAAAUUACCAUGUGACUCUGCACCUGGGCGUGGAGAAAGUCCUCUUAUUCCAACCGGAGACUCUUUUGUUGAGGAGUUGACCGCGCCGUCUCCAAACGCAGCGACUGUUUGGUCAAACGGCUUGACCCGGGUUUUGGCUGCUCUUUCCCCCCACCUCUCCAUUCCAGCGGAAUAGUGCCUUUCCCCCCCCAGACCCACUCACAGGACGCGAGACGAGAUGUAAAACUUCCUUUACGGACAUUUCUCUAAAUAAAAGUCGCCAGAUUUCGUCGGAGGGAUUCUUCGCUUGGCUCUCUGGACUGUUUGUGGAACUCCUCCGCUCUUUCACCUUCAAGAGCGUUGACUGUCUCCUGAAUGCAUGCGGCCUAUUCUGGGACUUGGUAGCAUUUUUUUUUGAGAGACCGAGCCCUUAAUGAAGCCGGGGGUCAGCGGCAGUGUGUGGCUAAUUGGCCAAGUUCGCCCGGGGCUGGGGCUACCUGUGAUUGAAGUGUCCAGUGAGCACACACUGUGCAGCCGCCGCUGCACCCUACUCUGUUCCACUCCAGCAGCCAAGACGCACCCAGCACCCCCGUCGGCCUCUCUCUAAGAUGGCAAGCUGGGUCUCCCUUCUUCUCGUCCUCUUAUGCCGAUCGAUAUCACAAGCCCAGGAGGAGAGCAGCAACGCCCCUCACCCGGUUUUCAACUCUGAGUCCACCAUUAAUAAUGUGGUUCAAGACCCCCAGACGGGCCGUAUUUAUCUGGGAGCCAACAACUCCAUCUACCAGCUCGGCCCUUCCCUCAAGCUGCAGGCCCGGGCCGAGACGGGCCCCAAAGAAGACUCGCCGACCUGCACACCGCCAGCGUCAGCCUGCCAGAAAACGAAGCCAAUGCCCAAUCUCAACAAGCUUCUGCUAAUCCAUCCAUCUAAUCAGUCACUUAUAGCCUGUGGCAGUCGCUAUCGAGGCAUCUGCUCCCUCCUCAACCUGUCCAACGUGGAGCAGGAGAUUUACUACUGUGACAGCAAAGGAGAGAGGACUUACGUUGCUAACGUAGAGGAUAAUGUCAAUGUGGUGGGAGUCAUGUCCUACUACAAAAAAGAUGGCAAAACUUUCAACGUGUUUGUUGUGGGGAAGGACUACAGAAACUCUGACAGUUCAAAACUCAUCAGCACCCGAAUCCUCGAUGAAUACAAGGAAUGGGUCGUGUUUGAGACCAUCAUUGAGGCUUCUACAAUACAGCCGCCAUUUAAUAUAAAGUACUCUCAUGAUUUCAGGUACACCUUCAAAGAGGACGGUCACAUAUUCUUUCUCCUGUCUCGAACUGAUGGUGUGGAUACCAAAAACCUGACCUUCGUGUCCCGUCUCUGCGAAGACGACCAACAUUACUACUCCUACACAGAGCUUCAGCUAAAAUGUGGAGCAGAAAAUCAAUACAACAAAGUCCAAGCGGCUUUUGUGGCUUCUCCUGGAAAAGAACUGGCCCGGGCCAUGACUGAGUCCACUGUGUACGGGAAGGUAAGCCCAUGGCAUAAAGUCCUCUUCAUGGUGGCAAGUUCGGAUGACCUCGACGGUGAAUCAGCUCUGUGCAUGUAUCCCAUGAACUCCAUCAAUGAGAGGCUGGUGGACAUAAUCAGCGCUUGUUACAGCGACAACGGGAAGAUUUCAGGGGUACCUGCUGUUUACAUCCCCUACUCUUCCAAAGCUGGGGAAUUUUGCACAUCUAACAUUGGGAAAGACUUGUUGAAAGACUUCAAGUGCGGUGCAGACUUUUUGCCAUCCCCUCUGGCGAGCAGGCCAAAAUUUGCCUUACAGGCCAGCGCAGCGUGGACCUCGACAAGCCUUCUGACCGCUGUGGCUGUUGCUGUGGAGAACGAUCACACCAUUGCGUUCUUGGGCAACAACAAGGGAGAGGUCUUCAAGGUACAUCUCACAGCCGCAGCGGAUGAGUACGGUAAGGUUCCUGGUGACAACAUCGGGGAGAAGGUCAACAAGAACCUCUUCUUUGACCUCCCUCAGAGCCACCUCUACAUCACCACUGAGAAAAAGAUCACCAAGGUGCCGGUGCAGACGUGCCUCCAAAAGACAGACUGCAAAUCAUGCGUGGAGCUGAGGGAUCCUUACUGUGGCUGGUGUGUCCUGGAGGGCAGGUGCACCAGGAGGUCUGAAUGCCGCCGGGCAGAGGAGAGGAAUGGCUGGCUGUGGAGCCCUGGGCAGCAAUGUCUCAAGAUUUUAUCCUUCUACCCGCCGAACCUUUCCAACAAAAAAACAGAUAAGAUCCAGAUCAACAUCCCGUCACUCCCGUCUAUCGGACCCUCUGACCGUCUGAAGUGUAAUGUUGGAUCGUUCCAGAGUGAAGGCAUCAUGCUGGACUCCAGCCAGGUCUCCUGUGAUCUGCCACAGCCUUCGGAUAUCCCGAAAACUCCCGAGAAUCAAGAUUUUGUGGCCGUCUCGGUGAGGAUUUUUGUCAACGAGACCGUGGAGCUGGCUGAGAGGGAGUUCAAGUUCUACAACUGUGCAGCCACUGUGAGGAAAUCAGAAAACACGCCGUGCACGGCAUGCGUGACGAGUCCGUGGGGCUGCCAGUGGAAUACGCAGUAUCACACAUGUAGUGACAAAGACAACAGCAUAGUGGGCCCAAACAUCAUUGGACAUCGUAAGCGACUGGAGUGUCCUCAGUUUGAGAAUCCAGACCCAGUUCUGAUCCCAGUGGGCUACGAGACCAGUAUCAGUUUUGAAGGGAUCAAUUUGGAUAACUACGAGGAUCGUGUUUUUACCAUCGGCACCGAACUGAUGAAAAACAUGGAGGAACCGGUCAGAAAAGAGAGCGGCCGUUUCUACAGUUUUAACGGCUUCAGUUUCUCCUACGAUAAGUCACCGGAGACCAGCGUCCUGUUUUACAUGAAGGACAAGAGGACUGGGAACAAAAUGGACAGCACUCUAAAUGUCACCCUGUACAACUGCUCUGUGGGGAGGGAAGACUGCAGCCUCUGCAAGUACGCCGACUCAAAGUACAACUGUGUGUGGUGCAGCAAGCAGAAAGCGUGUGUGUUCAAAAAGCUCUGUAGUGAUUCCCAAAACACAGAGUGCCCCAACCCUCAGAUCACCAACAUCGUCCCUCUUUUUGGGCCCAUGAAGGGAGGCAUCUCCAUUACCAUCCAUGGAUCCAACCUUGGUAUUUACAAGGAGGACAUUAAAAACAUCACAGUAGCCGGAGAGCCCUGCAUACAUCAGGCGGAAAAGUAUUCUGUCUCCACCAGUGUCGUGUGUGAGAUUGGCCGUAUAGGCCCUAAUAAAAGCCUCUCGGGUCCAGUGGAGAUAUGGGUGAAUGGGGGAAAGAGAGGAAAGUCCCGCAUCAACUUCACCUACAGGGACCCAGUGCCACAAGGUGUGCACCCUACUAGAGGGCCUAAAGCAGGAGGCACAAACAUUACAAUAACUGGGCAGUUUCUGAAGACCAGCAGCAAGGAGGAUGUCCAGGUUAAAGUUGGAGACGUGAACUGUGCUGUGAAGGAAUUCGGGGAAGCUAUUGUCUGCAAGACAGGUGAAUAUCAACAGGAGAAGUUGCCUCUGGAGAAGCUCCCCGUCACAAUUCACUACGGAAAGUCAACCACAACAUCCGUCCAAAGUGCCUUCCAGUACAUGGAAAACCCAACAGUGUCGGACCAUCAGCCCAGAGAAAGCUUUGUCUGUGGUGGGAGGACCAUUGUGGUCACAGGCUCUGGUUUUGAUCUAAUCCAGACCGCUGUGAUGAGGGUCCAGGGAGACAACUCAUCAUCUGUCGAGGAAGCCCACGAGAAGAACGACACGGUCGUCCAGUUUCGUUCUCCAACGGUAAGCGGCUCUCAGAGCCAGGACUUCAGAACCUACAUCCAGCUGGACAACUGGGUAAAGGAGCUCAAGUCCUUCAAAUACUACGCCAACCCCGUCUUCGAGAACGUGACGAAGAAGGUCAUCACCGAGACCAGCAUCAUCAUCGUCAAGGGUCGAGGGUUCUCCAGGGCCAUGACCGCCAAGGAAGCCCAAGCGUUUGUGGGGGACAUUCAGUAUCAAGUCAACACGCUUCAGGACGACAAGCUGUUCCUGGACCCACCUUCCAGUAAGCCCCGGCAGCGCCGAGACACCCGCCCUGAGCUGCUGGACCUGAUGAUCAAGUUUGGAAAGGGAGAGUGGGUAAUCGGCUCUGUGCAGUAUGAAAAGAAGAACGAUUUGUCUCUCUACAUAAUCAUCCCUGCAGUUAUUGUGCCCAUGCUGCUCAUCAUCAUCAUUUCAGUCUACUGCUACAGGAGAAAGAGUCAACAGGCCGAAAGAGAAUAUGAGAAAGUCAAGCAUCAGCUGGAGAACCUGGAGGAGAGCGUUAGAGACCGCUGCAAGAAGGAGUUCACAGACCUGAUGAUUGAAAUGGAAGACCACACGAACGAGUUGAGCGAGGGACGAAUACCCUUCCUGGACUAUAAGACCUACACCGACAGGGUCUUCUUCCUGCCGUCUAAAGAUGGAGCCAAUGACGUGAUGAUCACAGGGAAGCUGGACAUCCCACAGACUCGGAGGGCGACCGUGUCUCAGGCGCUCAACCAGUUCUCCAACCUUUUGAACUCCAAAACGUUUCUGAUUAAUUUUAUCCGCACCUUAGAGCGCAGUCACGACUUCAACGCCAGGGCCAAGGUGUACUUUGCCUCCUUGCUUACCGUGGCCCUGCAUGGGAAGCUGGAGUACUACACGGACAUUAUGAGGACAUUGCUGCUGGAGCUGAUGGAGGAGUAUGUCCACAGUAAGAACCCCAAGCUGAUGCUGCGUAGAUCAGAGACGGUGGUGGAAAGGAUGCUUUGUAACUGGAUGUCCAUCUGCCUUUACCAGUUUCUGAAGGACACCGCAGGCGAACCCUUAUACAAACUGUUCCGAGCCAUCAAGCACCAGAUUGAAAAGGGGCCAGUGGACGCCAGAGUGAAGAAAGCCAAGUACACGCUCAACGACACCGGCCUGUUGGGCGACGAUGUCGAGUAUUCUGUCCUGACCCUGCAGGUGCUGGUUCAAGGUGAGGGUCCAGAUGUGACACCCGUCAAGGUGCUGAGUUGUGACACCGUCUCGCAGGUGAAGGAGAAGAUCAUAGAGCAAGUAUACAGGAACCUGCCUUACUCCCAGAGACCCAAGGUUGACAGCGUCACUCUGGAGUGGCGGCCCGGCUCAACAGGACAGAUUUUAUCCGAUCUGGAUCUGACCUCCCAGAAAGAAGGCAGAUGGAAGCGCAUCAACACUCUGGCACACUACAAUGUACGAGAUAAUGCCACGUUGGUUUUGUCCAGAGUGCUUCACACACAGCAAAACUACGACCAGAACCAGGAAAACCACGAAGAACGAAACGCUCUGUUGGACGACGAUAAAGUUUUCCAUCUGGUGAGGCCACAAGACGAGCUGGAUGAGAUCAAAUCCAAACGAGGGAGCAUAAAGGACAAGUCGAUGACCAAAGCCAUUACAGAGAUCUACCUGACUCGACUUUUGUCUGUAAAGGGAACACUGCAGCAGUUUGUGGACGACUUCUUCCGCAGCGUGUUGUGCUCCGGGGCCGUGGUCCCACCAGCUGUCAAAUAUUUUUUUGACUUCCUGGAUGAACAAGCGCUGAAACACAACAAUGUUGAUGAGGAGACCAUCCACAUCUGGAAGACUAAUAGCCUGCCGCUGAGGUUCUGGGUGAACAUCCUCAAGAAUCCCCACUUCAUCUUCGACGUCCACGUGUCUGAAGUGGUGGAUGCGUCUCUGUCAGUCAUAGCCCAGACAUUCAUGGAUGCUUGCACCAAGAGCGAGCACAAACUCAGCCGGGACUCUCCAAGUAACAAACUACUCUAUGCAAAGGAGAUCUCCACCUACAAGAAGAUGGUGGAUGACUACUACAAGGGCAUCAGGCAGAUGGUCUCUGUCAGCGAUCAGGACAUGAACACUCAUUUGGCGGAAGUGUCACGGUCUCACACCGACAAACUGAACACCCAAGUGGCUCUCCACCAGCUUUACCAGUACGCCAGCAAAUACUACGACGGGAUCAUCGCAUCCCUGGAUGAGGAUCCCGCCGCUCAGAGUAAACAGCUGACCCUGCGGCUGCAGCAGAUUGCGGCCGCCCUGGAAAACAAAAUGACUGAUCUCUAACCCACCAAGAGGGACAAAAGUCAAGACAUAGAGGGAGAUCGCCAGUGACUACAGGGGCUAAUUUCUUUUUCUCCUUUUUUUUUUUGUCAGAGCAUAAAGUAUGGAAAUGCAAAAAUCUGAGAGGGGGGAUUCGUUUUGAUGUGUGCUUCCCCCGGAGCGUGUAUUUUUUAUUUUUUUUUCUGGUUCUGUGGAGUAAACCAAGACUAAUUAAUUGCACACAGACAUCAAAAAAAAAAAAAAAAAAGAAAGAUUGGGGGAAAAAUGAUGGGUUCCGCUGUCAUAGGUACGCCUUAAAUCUCACUUGCCAAACCUUAAAGGUCUGAGCCCUUACUCAUGCUCCACUGAAUAUUGCUCCCAGGAUGCAGUAUGAGAAAAGUCUUUGUGAGAAUAAAGCCCCACUGUGGAGCACUGGUACCGCAGAUAAUCAGAUGUUUGAAUUUCUCUCUCUGUAUGUGUGGAAAAAAGGGUUAAAGAGUUGUAUUAUAUAUUUUUUUUAUUGUGCAGUCUUUAUGCAGAAAGCUUUAUAAGAAACAAAAAAAAAUAUCUUUUUAAUUGGAAUCACUUUGUGGUGCGGACAGUGUUUUUAUCAGCCUGUGUGCGUAGAUGCGUGCGUAGAUGCGUGAAUGGUAGCGUGUGCGUUGUGAGCGAGCGUGGGGGGUUGUGUGGGGGAACAUGCGUGCGCACACAGGACGCCUAGGCGUGAGGGCGAAGCGACGCCCGCGUUCUCUCGUUCUUAAGUCCCCACCCCGCCGGAGCCUGUGCUCUCACUGAGCUUUACGACAGAGACCAAAGGGUCCGGACAGGGACGCCGGCUUCGUGUGACUGACGGCUUACCAGAGGUUUUGCAAACAUUUCCUUUUGUUUUUUUUUUUUUGCUUUAAGCUUGAUUGCCAACUCGUGCUCAUGGAAAUCGAUAACAGCACAGCCUGACUCCCUUUAUUGUACAGUGCCAUGAAACAUUCCACUUUGACUAAAGCACAGAAGGACAUUUCUGAGUUUUCUUUAAGACAUUUCAGUUGAUUCAUUUUUUUUUCUUCUUCUUGUAUUACUUUUUUCUUUAGCUGUCAGCAAAGAGAAGCAGUUGCAUUAUGCCAUGGCACCAUGCGACUCAUAUUAGCCCUGCAAUAACGUUGGUGUACUACGAGCUACAAUAAAGUAGAUUCUUGCUUUUUCUUACUCAAUGUAUUUGCCAUAGCGUAGCAGUUGAGCAAUAUGUUAAAAAAAACAAUUCAAAAUUGAUUUAUGCAUUUUUUUAGUUUGUCUUUUUAUUGUGCCAUUUCUCUAUUACCAUAGUAAUGUUCCAAAUAAUCAUUAAUAUCUCUGCCUCUUUUGCUAUGAAAUAGCCUAAUGCUGAUGGUAAUGAUCUGCCAGAGAUGCAGUUGGUACUGCAGCGGCUUGUUGCGAACAAAACGUUGUUGUUUUACAUUUUCUUUUUGUGGUUGUUGUUUCUUUAAUGAUGUCAGGGUGCUUGGGUUCAGUCGUGUAUAUAAUUGCUUAUGAUAACUGAAAUCAAUGUCAGAGUGUGGCCUGAGUCGCAACGAGGAUUUGAUAUUUCUUUGUCCAUUAAACACCGUCCCCAAAUUGUAGGUCUGGCCGUCGGCCGACCUUUUUAAUUGUCCUCCCUUCGUAAUCUGAUGGGUGGACGCGCUUGGCCGACACGCGGCAACAAGCUCCAGAGACCCCAGAAUGUUAACGAUUCCUGCCUUGGCUAGAGUGACGUUUGCACAGACCUCAAGCCUGCCCGCCUGCCGUCUCAGCAUGGCGCUCCGGCUUCCUGACUAACAGCAUUUGGCACUGCCCACUCAGUGCGAUGCGGAGUGGCACUCUGUGUAAUGAAAUCAGCAGGGGAGGCUUUUGAUCUUAAUUGCAUGCCGACUGCAGACUCUCCAUCCUCGUCUCUGCUGUUGUUUACUGGUGACUCCGUUCUCGCUGACUAGAGUCGAUGCAAGAAGCUUCUUCUUUCAGAGCCUUUCUUUAACCAAAAAUGUGCCUUAUCGGAUAGGAUGACACCUAUAUAUUGUUUCUAAAUUAUUCUGUUGGUAACGUAGGAAUAUGAUGAUAGUACUAUAGACACAGCAAUGUACUUGGACUUGUGAUCUUAUGUGUGCUGUCUAAAACCGCUAGAUGCGCCGUUGCAGCCGUUGGCGUGCCGUGAGGCUGAGGACAUUUCAGUACAACUUCUUUUUCCUGGCUGCAGCUUUGACGUGUGCAUUUCAUUUGGAUGUCUUUGGUGUGUGCUUACUAGGAUUUUGGUGGCAAAAAGAGAAAAAAAAAAAAAAAGAAGAAAAAAAGUCAAAGAUUAAAUGUUGAAGAAUGACCAGUUGGGUUUCCCUUGAAAAUGUCUCACAUUCCAAAAUUAGACAAAAAGGGUAUCCAUGUGUACAAUUGAACAUCGCGCAAAAAUUGUUCCAAUGGUGUUGAUCCUUUUGACCUGUGUUUCUAAGCUAUCCUACAGUGUGUACGAUAAAUGACUAUCUAUACUCGACAAUUGACUUUUCUUACUGCUGUGCAGUUAUUUUUAUUUCUCGUUUCCUAUACAUAUGAAUCUUUGUAAAACAAGUUGAAAUACUGUAUUCUAUCUGUAUACCCCUAUGCAUUGGAUCCUACGAUGAAAAUAACAAAAGAGUGAAAAAAAUUGUUUGUGCUGUUGUCGAGACCUGUUUGGUUUUUUUUGUUGGGUUUUUUUUUUUGUUGUCCCUCACUCCCCAUUUUGAAACUUGUGAAUGUGCUGUAUUGAAAAAGAAACUGGGACACUUCACUUUUGGUACAGGACCAGUAAUGGAAGCCAAUGUUUUGUUUUUUUUCCUCCCCGUACGAGGCAGCUUCGAAUAUUCUCGAUCUUGUACCUGAUCCGGUCGUGCUGGAUGAACAUAAUUUUAAAAAGUCGUAUGUGUGGACGGAGCGAUUAUCCACAUGUUUCAUCAUGCACUCCUCCAUGAAUAAACUCAGAGACAUAUAUACCCUUCA